CGGCGGGGCGGCCGGCGGCGCGCUCGCCUCCCUCGCUCCACGCGCGCCCGUACGCGGCGGCCAGGCUUGCGCGUCUCCCCGUGGGCGGACUCCUGGGCAAGAUGAAGUGGGUGUGGGCGCUCUUGCUGCUGGCCGCGCUGGGCUGCGGCCGGGCGGAGCGCGACUGCCGGGUGAGCAGCUUCCGAGUCAAGGAGAACUUCGACAAGGCUCGCUUCGCCGGGACCUGGUACGCCAUGGCCAAGAAGGACCCCGAGGGCCUGUUUCUGCAGGACAACAUCGUCGCCGAGUUCUCCGUGGACGAGAACGGCCAGAUGAGCGCCACGGCCAAGGGCCGAGUCCGUCUUUUGAAUAACUGGGACGUGUGCGCAGACAUGGUGGGCACCUUCACAGAUACGGAGGACUCUGCCAAGUUCAAGAUGAAGUACUGGGGCGUAGCCUCCUUUCUCCAGAAAGGAAACGAUGACCACUGGAUCAUCGACACGGACUACGACACGUACGCCGUGCAGUACUCCUGCCGCCUCCUGAACCUCGACGGCACCUGCGCCGACAGCUACUCCUUCGUGUUUGCCCGCGACCCCAACGGCCUGCCCCCAGACGUGCAGAGGAUUGUGAGGCAGCGGCAGGAGGAGCUGUGCCUGGCCAGACAGUACAGGCUGAUCACCCACAAUGGUUAUUGUGAUGGCAAAUCAGAAAGAAACAUUUUGUAGCAACAUCGAGGAUGUAAAGUUUCAUGUGAAAACUUCUGAUUUACUCUCAUUCCAUCUUCAGCUCUAUUUAUCUUAGGAGUUAAUUAGCCCCUCUUCCUCACCUUGCGUCAGCGUGCAUAAAACCUUCCGUACACGUAAAGAUAUAUGUGGGAAUAAGUGAAUCUCUUUGCAGUCAAAUACAUAUCUUUCCUGAAGUUUCUUAGGGAUCAUUUGAGGCUUAGGAUUCCAGACUUUGAUUCAUUAAAAUAUAGUCAUCCAUUUCCUAUGA